AUGAAGAGAGGUAAAGAUGAGGAGAAGAUACUUGAACCGAUGUUUCCUCGUCUUCAUGUGAACGAUGCAGACAAAGGAGGACCUAGAGCUCCUCCAAGAAACAAAAUGGCUCUCUAUGAGCAACUCAGCAUCCCUUCUCAGAGGUUUAGCAAUGAUCAUGGAACGUUGUCUCUUAAUUCCCGUAGUAACACUACUACUCUGGUUCCUCAUGGAUCAUCUAGCCAGCCUUGUGGCGUGGAAAGAAACUUAGCUACACAUCAUCUCGAUUCCGCAGCUGCAGUCCAGUCAACUGAGAAGUUUGUCUCCCAAAUGUCCUUCAUGGAAAAUGUGAGAUCUGUAAGACAGCAUGGUCAGAGGAAAACCGUGAGAGAGGAAGAUGAUUUUGCAGUUCCUGUAUAUAUCAACUCGAGAAGAUUUCAGUCUCAUGUUAGAGCCAAGAGUGGCAUUGUGAAGGAAAAACAUGCCACAUUGGUUAGAGACCAGGUCAAGGGGAACGCAAAGACAGGUGGCUCUGUAAACUCUGUAGAUUUAUCAGCUACAGAGGAAAUGGAUCUUGAAAAGUCAGCAUCGAGUUGUGACAGAGUAAAUGAUUGCAAUGCUUCCUUGAGACAAGAGUCUAGAAAUAGGUUGGACGGAGAUGGUAGUGAAACUCAAGCGAUGAUGGACACUGAUAAUGGAGUUGAGUCUCACUUGGCAACGGAAAGUCAUUCAGAAGAGGGUCAUGGCAGUCCUAAUGACGUGGAUAAUGGUCGUGAAAACUGCAGAAGCAGAGGGUUCGCCUCUAUGCAGCAGAUAGAUGAAGAAGCAAGUGGUGAUGUAUCUGACGAUUCAAUUGUGGAUUCUAUGUCCGGCAUAGAUGUCUCUCCUGAUGACGUUGUGGGAGUGUUAGGUCAAAAACGUUUCUGGAGAGCAAGGAAAGCUAUUGCCAAUCAACAGAGAGUAUUUGCUGUUCAACUAUUUGAGUUGCACAGACUGAUCAAGGUGCAGAGACUCAUUGCUGCAUCACCGGAUGUCUUGCUCGAUGACAUCAGUUACCUUGGAAAAGUUGCUGCUAAAAGCUAUCCAGUCAUUCCAUCAGAAUUCAUGUUAAAGCCACCACUACCACAGAUUGUCAAACACAGAAGCCACUCGGAGAAAACGGACCAACACAAAAUGGAACACUCAGCCGAGAACGUAGUUGGGAAGUUGCCAAACCAAGCUCAUCAUCAACCUUCCAGCUACAACAUGCCGCCUUAUCUGAGCAACUCACCCUCUUCACAAACUGUAAACGGAUGUUACUAUCCUCCUCAGCCUCCUCCUCCUCCUUCAGGUGGAAAUCAGCAAUGGUUGAUCCCUGUAAUGUCUCCUUCCGAAGGACUUAUAUACAAGCCUCACCCAGGUAUGGGACAGACCGGGCCGCCAGGGCCAGUCUAUGGAGGAUAUUAUGGUCAUUUUAUGCCUGCACCUAUGGUUAUGGGUGGUUACAUGGGCGGUGGUGGUCCGCCUCAGUUUCAACCGGGCGCUGGAUUCCCAUCUCCGGGUAACGGUUACUUCCCUCAAUAUGGAGUCAUGCCCACAAUGAUGAACCCUUACGGCUCAAGCCAACAACAGCAACAACAACAGCAGCAACAACAACAACAACAACAGCAAAUGAAUCAGUUUGUGCAUUCCGGAAACCUACACAACAAUGCAUCGGCUUUGAACACUCAACAACAGAGCUCAGUUAAUGAAGCGGCUCCGCCGCAGCAACAGCCGACGAAGUCUUACCCUCGUGUUAGAAAGAGUAGGCAAGGUAGCACAGGAAGCAGUCCAAGCGGUCCAGAGGGAGUGAUCUCGAGUAGCAAGUCUUUUAGGCCAUUCUCAGCGGUUGAUGAGGAGGACAACAACAACAACGCACCUGAGCAAAUGAUGACGACGACCACAACGACAACAAGAACAACUGUUACUCAGACGACAAGAGAUGGAGGAGGAGUGACGAGAGUGAUCAAGGUGGUUCCUCACAAUGCGAAGCUUGCUAGUGAGAACGCUGCCAGGAUCUUCCGGUCAAUACAAGAAGAACGUAAAAACAACGACGCCUACUCUAAUAACUCUUAA